AUGGCGGAGGAGGAUCAGGAAGAGGGCUCGGUGUGCCAGGAGCUGCAGGUUCUGCAGUCCAUCUACCUGGAGGAAUUGGAGAUCUCUCGGGGUGACAGGGUGGAGCUGAGGAUCACUUUACAUCCUGCAACCGGAGAUGAUGCUGAAAGUCAAUAUGUCCGCCUCACCCUGCAUCUGUCCCUCCCACCUCAGUAUCCUGACGACCCCCCUGAGAUCAGUGUGACCAACCCUCGGGGCCUGUUUGAUAAACAGAUUCACAGUAUCACCGACAUCUUGCAUAGGACGGCAGCGCAGCAGUCAGUGGGCGGUCCUCUUCUCUAUGAACUGAUUGAGAAGGGGAAGGAGAUGCUGACGGCCAGUAAUAUUCCUCGGGGUCACUGUGUUAUCUGCCUGUACGGCUUCCAGGAAGGGGAUUCCCUCACCAAGACCCCGUGUUUUUCAUCACUUCCAUCAUUCACACUGCCUGGGACGAUAUGCCAAGCACUGCCUGGAAGAGAACCCGGAAGAGAACUCGUUUGUUUUGUGUCCGGUAUGUCGGGAAAAUCUGACCUGUGACUUCACCAAACUGCAAGAAGCCCCGCCCCCUCAGCAGCCGGAGGAGCGGUAUGUCCCCGACACGUGCACUCUGCAGCGGGAGAAGGAUCUGCGGCGGAUCUAUGAGCGGCAGUUGGUGAAUGGAGGAAUCAUCGAUGUGGAGGCUGAAAGAAAUCGUUUUUUCAUCAGUAUCCAGGAGGCCCCUCCCUCUGAUGGCGCCAUCUAUGUGCCAGAUGAAACACAGGAGUCCACCCAGCAGGCUGGCCCCACGUCAUGCCAAGAACAUGCUCUGCCCCCCGUUCCCUCCAAACCGCAGGUUGUCGCCGGUGCUCACACGGGGGGUCUCCGAGCCAAAGCCCAGCCAGUGCAGAGGGAGCACCGAGAGGGCCAGUACUGGAGGGGGGGUGGUAGAGGCUGGACUGGCAGGGCACGUGUGGAUACCCGAAGAGUAUGGAGGGACGAGGAGGGACACAGAGACUUUCAUCCACAGACUAGGGGGCGGGGCAAGACCAGAGGUUUCCAUAGCAACAGGACAGAGCGGGCGCCCCUGCGGGGAGGCAAUGACAGCGCGCUGGAAGAGAAACGCGCCCUCUAG